CAGAAACUACACGCCACUACUUCUUUUAUCCAUUUUUUUAACCCAUUUGUACAUAUAUUGCUGUAGCCUUCAUAAUUUCAUAUGAGUCAGAGUAUUUUGAGACGAAGAAAUUUUCAAAAAGCCUUCAUAGCUGCGCCAUAAGCACGUUGAACAAGUUGAUUUUAUACACAUAUGGAUGGAUGUAUGGGGAACUUCAAUUUAAGCAAGGGAAAUCAGAGCACAAGAAAUCUCUAUCACGUAGACUAUAGUACUAGUUUUAGCACAUUUCAUAAUGUUGGUCAAGGAAAUGUAAACCAGCUGUUAAUAUUUGUUGUAAAGUUAUAAAUAUAUAGUUAAAUAAUAUGAACGUACUACAAUUUCACAUUAAAAGUAACGUAGAAAUUCACAGAUACGAAUUUAGUGCAUUUAAAAGAUUAUUCACGUACAAUUUAUUCUAUAAUAAAAGUGAAUAAACCUGUAGAUCGUCAAGUAGUACGUGCGAAUCAAGAAUAAAAAGGUAUCCAGUUGGUUGGUUAACCCAAGCCAGGUGAAAUUAUUGUGCGAUGUGACGUGGAUUAACAUUUAACAUGGACAAUGCAAUGCAACUCAUUCCAAUGUCAAUAUUAAAUCAACACGUUGAAUGUUGAAUGUUAGGUAGAAAGAGUUAAUAAUCUUAUUAAACAUUAAAAGGAUGUGCUGUAAUUGGCCCAGUAUUAGGCUGGUAAUAGCACCAUUAUAUCAUCAACGUUGGUGUAAUAUACACAUGUGAUGUUGUGGUACUGACUGAAACUAAUUGAGAUUAUUUAAAUCCUGUCAAGUUGGCCGUAGCAAUUUUCAAUAUUGCUGCCCAGUCUUUCUUAAUAAUACCCACCAAACAGCACAGUAGCAACAUUUAAUAAUUGCAUUGCGGUCGUUUAUGAUUGUUAAAGACAAUUAAAACUUUUCCAGGCUACCGUAUGUGCAGUGCACCGACAUAUGUAAUUUUUGAAUAUCUUAUUGUGUGCGUUGUGUUAAUUCGAGGACGACGUCAUCUAGUCAUCAUCACGAUGCUGAGAAAUUGUAUUUUGUUUGUCAGUAUUUUGACAAAUAUUGAAAUAUCAAAUUGCCUGCGAGAAAAUGUUUCGCCAACAGCACCCUCAGUUCUAGAUGUCUCCAUGCCCGGAGUUCGUCCCACGCAGGAUGAUCAUUACCUCUGUACAUCCCUCAACAUCGAAAGCUAUGGAACCCAGUACAUUCACAAGUUUGAGCCCAAUUCUGACGCCGAUCGGGCGCACCACAUGCUAUUGUUCACUUGCGACGCCUUGGACAACACUGUUUCUGGUCAAGAGUGGUGGGAUUGCGGCCAUCACUACAGCGCAUGUAGAAAUAUGAGAAUUAUUUAUGCCUGGGCUAAAAACGCUGCACCCACCGUGUUGCCUAAAGAUGUUGGGUUUAGGAUAGGUCCAGAAUCCAACAUAAAGAAUUUGGUCUUACAAGUUCAUUACGCACAUCCACUGCCUGAAGGGACAAAGGAUACGAGUGGUUUCAGGGUUCAUGUAGAUGCCGAAGAACCAAAAUAUCUUGCAGGAAUACUGCUCCUCUACAGAUCCUACUUGGAUAUACCUCCGCAUACAGACAAAAUUCAUGGGGAUAUGAACUGUCCUCUGCAAACUCCUGCUCCAAUUCAUCCGUUUGCGUACCGUGUGCACGCUCACAAACUUGGGGUGGUAAUAUCUGGCUACCGAGUGGAUCAGAGUGGUCAAUUUGAACAGAUAGGAAAGGGAAAUCCACAGUGGCCCCAAGCGUUCUAUCCCAUAACCAAGAACCUAACAAUUUAUCCGAAUGAUUUCCUAGCUGCACGAUGCACGUAUUCCACGACCAAUUUCGAAAAUGCCACGUCUAUUGGGCAAACAGCGGGGAAUGAAAUGUGCAACUUGUAUUUGAUGUUCUACACCGAAUCCAGAGAUCCUGAAGACCAUUAUCUUGUGUGUGGAGAUGAAGCUGUGCCCGAAAUUACUGCUCAUUUACCUGCAGAUUCCGACGUUCCCCUUCCUAGGAAUAAAACAUUAGAAGAACAUGCCCAUCAUAGCCAUCAGAAUUCCCAAUCUUCAUCGGAUGGAUUAUCACUAAGCCAGACAACUACUCCCAGUAAAAGCCACACAAAGAAAAGGCCCGGGGCCAUGACUGAACCACAUCAAACCUAUGACCACGCUGAAGAAACUGAGGAUCCAUCAGACGAUUACCGAGAUGGAGGAAGAAAACUACCCGACUCUGAUUACAAAGUCGUCCCCGGCUGGCCUGAUUCGUCUGUGACGCUUGGACAAGCGACGGGAGUAGAUUUUGACACUGAGGGAAAUGUUGUUGUGUUCCAUCGUGGAGAUCGAACCUGGGGCUACGACACUUUCGAUAGUAGAAAUUAUUACACACAAAGAAAUCUCGGUCCCAUCAAAGUCGAUACGGUUCUUAUUAUUCAUCCAACAAAUGGGAAAAUUUUACACAAAUGGGGAAAGGAUAUCUUUUACAUGCCCCAUGACGUGACAGUUGACAAAACCGGAAAUUUUUGGCUCACUGAUGUUGCAAUGCAUCAAGUGUUUAAGUUUGAACCAGGUGCCACUGGCCCGUCUAUGACAUUGGGUACAAAAUUUGUCCCUGGUAAUGACGAUAGCCAUUUUUGUAAACCUGCUGCGGUUGCUGUACUAUCGAAUGGAGACUUCUUCGUUGCCGAUGGCUAUUGCAACAGUCGAAUCAUUAAGUUCAAUUCACAAGGCCAAAAAAUUCUACAGUGGGGGCGUGCUUUUCAACCAAGUUUUUUCUCGGGUCUUUUCAAUCGCAGCCCACCUCCAUAUGCUUUCCAGAUUCCACAUGCUCUAGCACUGGCAGAAGAUAAGCAUUUGCUAUGUGUUGCUGAUCGUGAGAACGGUCGGAUUCAGUGCUUUAAUACUGAUGGAACGUUUGAGUUUAAAAUUGAGUCUUCAGCAUUCGGUGGUCGAUUAUUUAGUGUUGCAUAUUCUAAAAAGGAUGGGGGAUAUUUAAUGGCAGUGAAUGGUCCGUCGCAAAAGGAAGUUCAGGGCUUUGUCAUUCCAAUGAACACUCGUCAAAUCCAAUCAGUAUUUAAACCAACAGGAGGAUCAAAGUUUGGCAACCCCCACGAUGUCUCUGUUAGUCCAGAUGGCAAUGACAUUUAUGUUGUGGAAAUUUCACAACCCUACAAAGUAUGGAAGUUUUCCAGGAGUCGAAAAUCUGGAAAGGCAGAACAAUCACCUUCUUCUGGAGUACUGGAUACUAGCAAGAGUUAUCCAGUUAAUGCAGAGAAUCCCAGCGUCCCCAGUAAACCAGCCCAAUUAAUGGAAGAUCCACCUUCUAGUAAACUGGCAAAAGAUGAAUCAUUCAGUGCUUCGGUCAUCAUCAUGGCUUUCUUGACGAUUCCUCUUUUAUUGUUGAUUGCUGUGGGGGCCGUAAUGAGAUUAAUGACUUCUGGUUGGUGUCGAAGAAGAAGAGAAACAAAAAGUUUUGCCGAGUUCUUUCCACCUAGUGCAGGAUUCGAAAAAUUAAAAAUGGAUGAAAGCGACAGCGAAAAUAGUGACACAGAUAUCGAAGAGUUUGCAGUAUCGUCAUAUCGCAAAGUACCAACUUAGACUUCAAGCUAAAAAUCUAAAAUCAAUUCCAAAGUUGAAAGCAAUCAUAAUCUCAGGCGAAUUUGAUAAACCAUUUUCUAAAAAUAUAUAUGAUUAGCCACGAUAAUUAUGCUAGUUUAUUACACUUGGAGAAAGGACGAACAAUUCCCUAGACAUAAGUGACAAGAAGUAAAGACGUUCAAUUGUACAACAUAGUGUACUCACGUAUUUUUGUGAUAAAAGUUUGGAUCUGGUUGAAUGGGAGACCAAAAAUGGUUGUUAACCGACUACUACUAACUAGUGUGUAGUACAUGUACAUAUACUCGGACUGUUGAUUAUACGCAUAAUAAUGAGAUUAAUUUAUCGUUUUUUAUUGCCAAAAAUGCUGAAGAUGAAUGUGUUUCGGAAUUACGAAAAAGUGUGCUUGUUUGUGACGCAAAUUGCCUUAUUAACAGUAUUUUCUUCCCCAAAUCAACUUAGAAUACAGAUUUUACAGAGUUUUAGUUGAUUGGUCGUUAGUUGUAUCUACACAUCAUGUCGCGUUUUACCUGAUUAUUUGGUUCUGGUCGAAUGAAGUUUAAAAUAUUUUAUAAAUGUCAAAGUUGAAAUAAUAAAAUAAUAUAUUUUACUAAAAUAAAUAA